GUGCAUAGUCUUGAGCGUGAGCGACAAGGAAUAGAGCCCCCUGCACAACAGGACGAGCUAAAUGAUGCACCGACCACACCAGUAGCCCAACAGGAGUUGAGCUAUUGCCCUCCAGAGUUGCCAGACUCUGGAAUACUCCCCCAAAAUACCCAACCCGAUAUCCCCACUCGUCGAGAGAUGCUUGGGGCCUUUUUCACACACGUCCAUGGGAAUCCUUAUAUUUUCGUCCAUGAAGGCACCUUACGGAGACAGUUCCUCAAUUUUCAAGUGUCUGGUACCUUUCUGUACUCCUUAUGCGCAUUGUGCACAUGUUAUAUGCCCCGGAUCGAUCAGAACACUCCGAAUCGCCAGUCCGAAGAGUAUUUGCAGCUCGCAGAGUCCGCUGAAGAUUCCCUAAACUUUUCUCUAGAAAGCAUACAAGCCAGUAUCCUGAAAAUACUCUGCCUCCUGCACCUUGGCCAUGGUGCUCGAGCUUGGAUGAAGCUGGGCUCCGCGAUCCGCAUGGUUCAAGGUAUGGAAUUGCACAGAGAGCCAUUGAGGAAUAAUGAAACAACCAGUUAUCGAGAUUCAGUACGGCUAUGUAUUCAUACACUUUAUUCUAUGGAUCGAUUUAGCGUCUGCGGUACCAAUAGGCCGAUGAUGUUCAACGAUGAGACACUCCGGGAUUAUCGAUUGCCAACUCCAGACGGCAUCUUCGGAGAGAUGACUGUCAACACCACCGGAACCACCAAAUUCAGCGAACUGUUGACAUAUGGUAGCAGCCAAAUUCAGCCGCAGACCAUCAUGCAUAUGUUCACGAGUAUUGUUGUGCUACUAGGGAAAUGCAAUAACUACUUGCAGAGCGGAGGCGUUCAAGGAGAUAGCCACUUCCCGUGGCAUCCAAGGUCUAAUCUUUCCAGCCUAGUCAGUGAGUUGGGCAAAUGGAAAGACUGGGUCGAGUCUGCAAUCGCCCCUGCAAAUCUCGACUGUUCACAAACAACCACAGUAAACCGAUUCUACCUGAGCUGGUUUAUAUACCAUUUAAUCUUCGUUCGCCUCUAUCGACAGUUCCUUCCAUUGAUAUCAGGGUCUACAGCCUCAGACGACUCAUCGGAUCCGUGGCAGCAAGAAACAUCGAAGAAAUGUGUCGAACAUGCCGUCAGAAUUUCUGAGCUGUGUGCCCAAGCCCAAAUUCACGGCUACUCUUGGCCUUACUUUACAUCGUCUUGUCUUGGGUCAGCUGGAACGGUGCUGAUUCACGCUGCGCACUACGAGGGCUCCGCUAGCCACAAACCACAUCUUGUGAAUAUCGUCGAGAAGCUUUUGGACAUGCGCGUUCAAAACACUCUCGCUAGCCACCAGUUUUACAAGAGAUAUCCUGAAGGGUUAUUCAAUCCAAGUCACAUACCAUUUUCUAGCAUCGGAGAUUGGAUGCAUACUAGGCAUCCUUGACGGCCCUGAUGACAUCUUUUCACUAGGGUCACUAUCUCAAAGACUUAGUUUUUUACGUGGGAAGCCGUAUGCGUAU